AUGAAGCCCGACUGGGACAAGCUGAUGGCCGAGUACGAGGGCUCCUCGACGAUCCUUGUCGCAGACGUAGACUGCACCACGGGCGGCAAGGAGCUCUGCGACUCCGUUGGCGUCCGGGGCUACCCCUCCAUCAAAGCUGGCUCUCCCGACGAUCUGCAGGAUUACACGGGCGGCCGUGACUUCAACAGCCUCAAGGAGCACGCCGAAGCUCUGGGCCCAUCGUGUGGCCCUGCGAACAUUGACUUGUGUGACGACUGGAAGAAGAAACAGAUCGAAGUGUUCACGGCAUUCGGCGCCGACGAGCGCGAGGCCAUUAUCAAGAAGAAGGAGGCGGAGAGAGAGAAGCUUGAGGCGGACUUCAAGGCCUUCGUCGAGGGCCUCAACAAGGCGUACGAGGAGGCGAGCGCGAAGAAGGACGAGGCCGAGGAGGCCAUCAAAAACAGUGGGCUGGGCCUGCUCAAGGCGGUGCACAAGUUUGCGGCGACGGCGACCACGAGUAGGUCGGAGCUGUAG